AUGUGCCAAUAUUGCCCAACUGCGUCCAAUCCCGCCGAUCUGUUAACAAGAGGCGUAACCCUGCAACAACUGAAAACUUCUUCCAUCUGGAUCAGUGGACCAUCGUGGCUAACUGUGCUUCAUUUGGUGGAAAUCUCAGCUAAAGCAGCACCAGCUCGUCUUCCUUUAGUGAUUGAUGUUUCAACCGUCAUGAAAAUCAAUCGUUUCAAAUGGUCUUCUCUGAGAAGAACCACGGCCCUUUUGUUCUGUCAGUUGAGAAAUUUCCGUCUUAAAAAAGAAUGGAUUCGAAGUCUUCUUACAGCAAAAGAACUCCUACAUGCAGAACUCCAAUGGAUUCGCUCAUUUCAAUUCCAUUUUCUUUCUGCCGAACUUGAGUAUCUUCGCGGUGACAAAAAUAGACGCCGCCCGCCAUUAGUGACUCAACUGGACCUCUAUCUGGACGAGAACUUGGUAAUCCGGUGCCGAGGUCGUUUGCUCAACGCCGAUAUUUCCAGGGCGGCGCAGAAUCCUGUUCUCUUACCGAAGAACACUGAUCUCACACGUCUCAUAAUUCGAUACUACCACGAACGAUCACUUCAUUCGGGAAUCAGCAUCGCGAUUUGUCAUAUUCGUCGACGUUUUUGGAUUCCUUCCAUCAGACCACAAGUGAAAGCUAUCGUCCUUCUAUACACAACCUGCCGCCGGGUGAAUGGACCUCCUUACAGAGCUCCCAAUCCAGCUAAACUACCCAGCUUUCGCGUCCGUGGGGACAAAGCCUUCGCCGUAACUGGAAUUGACUUUGCUGGACCCUUCCCCAUCCGCGCUAUCCUGACCAGCAAGAGUCAAAGGCAAGACCUCACUACAGCUAACUUUCUAUUAGCCUUCCAAAGCUUCAAUUCGCAUCAUUUCCAACCGAGAAUUGUAAUUUCGGAUAACGCAACUACCUUUGAAUGGGACAUCACAUGCAACAAACGACCCGAACUUCGUGUCAAAAUCGGCGAUGUUGUUCUGGUGCACAACGAAGGUCCAAGGAUCGACUGGAAGCUAGCCGUCGUCGAAGAACUUAUUGCCAGCCCUGACGGCUAA